GCUAGAUGUCGCCGCAACUUGCAACCGUGUCAAAAAUUGUCCCUAGGCACACACGACCUGCAGUCCGGCACACACACUCUCACUCCUCUUCACUCGCUCUGUCUUCGUCUCCGUCUCUCUCCAGUAGACGAAGAGAAACGGAACCUGGCCUACCGAUAAUAAUCGCCCGCAAUCAAACCUGCGAGCCUCGCAGAGCUCUCGCAAACGCGUGCUCCGAGGACCUCUGGCGGUAGCUAGCUCGCUCGCUCGGCAUGGAGGCGCUGCCGGUGGCUCUGCUGCUGCUGCUGCUGCUGCUACUCUCGUCCGUCUCUCUCGUUGCCUCUGAUUUCUGCGUGUGCAAGACAGAUCAGGCCCAGGCGGCGCUGCAGAAGACCAUCGACUACGCGUGCGGGGCAGGGGCAGACUGCAACUCCAUCCACGAGCAGGGCCCGUGCUACAACCCCAACACCGUCGUCGCGCACUGCUCCUGGGCGGCCAACAGCUACUUCCAGAAGAACAGGGCCGUCGGCGCCACCUGCGACUUCACCGGCACCGCCGUCCUCACCACCAGCGACCCGAGUUCUUCCGGCUGCUCCUACCCCGCAAGUGCAAGUGCUGCUGGAACAUCAACGUCUCCAACUGGCACUGGCACUGGGAUGGGGACUGGGACUGGAACCGGAGGCACAACAGGAACCUUCACGCCCGUUGCCGGCACCGGCACCGGCAUGGGAACCGGCACUACCACUGGGUCUACAGGCACCGGGCUGGGCGGCCUAAGUCCAAUGGGCACAAGCAGCAUGGACACCGCAGCAGCGGGCUUGCAUCCAAAGGCUGCUGGACCGGCUGCCUUCCUGGCCGUGUUUCUCUCCUUCCUAGCGUUUGCAUAAAUUUAGACGGGUCGAAUUCACCCGAAGAAAAAAGCUGUUUUUGGUAAUGCUUGUUGCAGCCUUGCAUGAGCUUUGUGAUCUAUGGACAAAGGAUGAAAAACCUAAACCCAUCUGAAGGUGUCAUCCUCCUGUCCCAAAAACUCUUGCUGCUUGUUUGGUGUCGAUGGCAUAUAUGCAUUGCGUGGGUUUCAGGAUCUGUACUCCGUGAUUUUGGUAGUAGGACGUAUGUCACUUCAUGCAAGGACUCUUGUCUUCCUUUCUCUGCUCCCAUUCUUGUAAAUCUAGGCGAGCCAGCCAGUAGUUGGUUAGUUUGAAUGAGAAUGUUGUUGGGAGCGUGGGGCAUUGCCAGACUGUAACCAAUAACAUGCGAGAUCAAGUUCCCCUAGCUCA